CUCAUGCAGGAGAUUCCAUAUUGAUGAUUAGAUUCAUUUCAAUCAGCAGCAUGUGGACCCCCUCAGCAGGUAAUUAACUCUGGAUGUAAGCCUGGCAGGAUCAUCAGCAAAGGUUGAAGUUGCUCGGAACAGCGUUGUAGUGGAGGCAGGAGGGAUACCGUGUGUGGAUGUGAAGGAGUGGGACGCUGCUGCUGCUGAGUGACAGUCGUGCUGCUACUGUAGGGGUCGCGAGGAACGUGUGCGUACAUCGCUGACAGACAGCUGUGGACAACAGUAGACCAAUAGACAGGAUUAGACAUGGCUGUCUACACGGGAAUUAUGUGUCUGUUGCUGUUGGCAGUUUGCCGAGCCAAUGAGCAAAUACUGUCAGCAUCGGUAAACGUUAACACCUCCCGGACAACUCUGGAGGACAGCAGCAGCCUAACCAAUCAAGCCGUCAGAUCCUUUAAUCCACAACUAGUAGCCAGCACAUCAGCACUGCCAGCAUCUCAAACAUCCGGCCCUCGGGAGAGGGGUGCGCUCACCUCAUCUCUGACCCCACAGGAUUAUGGGAUACCAGCAUCUGACUCGGUGACCUCUGAUUACAUGUACAAACAAGAAAAUAUACUUUUCAGUCAUGACUCAUUAUCGAUAUAUUCAUCAUCUGUUCAAAGGACGGAAAUGUUACAGACGAGUUAUGAUUCAAGUCAUGUGAGUGUUUUUCCAGUUACAUCUAUUGUUGGUGGUGUUGCAUCUUCAACACCGUUGCUGCAGGAUGUAUUGACAAUUGUGUCACAGUCUUCUCUCUCCCAUCAUGUCAUAGACAAAGUCACUGAGACAGGGCCUUCCUCAACAGAAGAACAUCUCAUGCUAAGUUCUUUUACUCAACGGAUGUUAACGACUGUUCAGCCAGAACGUUUAAAUCAUGUGUUUAGCUCUCAAUUACUCUCAUCUUCAAGUCCUCUCAAUGUUACACCAAAAGGGACACCAUUACUAACGCCAAUUCUGACCAGGUCUGUGUUUCAGAGCUUGCAAUCCUCCCAACUAAGCAGGGUCAUGCCGUCUGCUAUGCCAGAGCAGACGUCAGUUUUGUCUCAAACACAGCAAAGCAUACUGAGUAGCCAAGGACUGUCAGCAGUGACUUUGGCCAUGUCAUCGGGCUGGGGUAGGUUUUUGGAUCGUGAUUCAGACUCCCAGAUUCAGGCUUCCAGUCAAACAGACAAUGUCUCCAGUCAGCCCAUCCCCUUACUGUCACCGACCAGUUCUGUGAUACAGGCAUCUAGUUCCAAGGUUGUGACACCACCUGUGUACCUAUCCACAGAGGAUCAGCAUCUGGAUGGUUCUUCAAACUUUGUGCAGUCUUUAGCAACAGAAGGAGUGAGUGAAAUGCUGGUGAUGGCGACAGAAUCAUCUGCUGUUGCUGGUGGUGUAUCUGAAACACAGUCAUCCCAGAUUGUACAAGAAUCUGUGUCUGUCUUUACUGUUCCAACCACAGAGUCUGUGUCCGUGUCAGAGUCUGUGUCAACAUCAGAGUCUGUGUCAACAUCAGUAGCUGUGUCUGGAGUCCUGUCUGUAGAACCAUCUGCUACCAGUCAACCAGGCCUUCUUACUUCGCUCACCCCUCGGUCUGAAGAGUACACUAGUGGCCUUUCUGUGUCAAGUCCAGAAGGGGAGACAACUGAGAGACAUAUUGUCAGCACAUCAUGGACGGUAACUCAUGAAUCUGUAGCUCCAUCUUCAACAACUGCACCAUGGUCUGAUCAGACAACAUCAACAUUUGUGAUGCCUUCCCAAACUGUUUCUGUGACAUCCAGUGUACCAAUACACUCGAGUUCCAUCACUACAUCCAGGAGGCCGGCAACAACCACUGUCGCAACAACAACGCACAGUGCUUAUCUCAAGGACUGUUACUUUGAACUGACAUUUGAUGUUGAUUGCUUUUUAAUCCUUAACAAUUCCUUAGUCAUGGCAGAGUUUGUGGGAUCCCUGGAGAACGUGCUUGUGAUCAACCUCAAUGUGACAAAGAAGCAGAUAAAGCUGUAUGACCCACAGUGUGGCUCUGUGAUCAUUCAUGUGGGUCUCAUGCAGGUGCCCUACCUGGCUCUCCGCAACAGGCUUUACGCUCAGUUCCGACAACGCCAGUUUGAUGUUCCAAUCAUGAUCAACAACCAGUGGCUGAAAUUACCAGGGAUGAAGGUCACUGAAAUCGAUCCCCCUGCAUCCACAUUCAGCCCGAUUGAACCACCCGAUACCAGUUUGGACAAGGUCGACCUUAUCGUGAUCAUUGUAGCUUGCUGUAUCUGUGGUAUUCUCAUCACUAUUGGUGUCAUCUUGUGCGGGAAGGAGUGUUGGAAGAGGAAGUACGCCCAAUCCUUCGACCUCCUGGAGGUGCCACACGUGAACCUGAAACUUGAGGACUUCACUCUGACACGGAUCCCACGUCCAAAGGCUGUGUAUAACGAGGAGUCUGUCACAAUGCAGGGCUAUGUGGACAACAGCUCACAGAGGAUUGUCAAAACCAGUGGCCACCAGGUUACGAAUGGUAAUGGAGUACAUUCCAAUGAUAUUCAUGUGAGGAUGAAGCAGAACAAGGAUGGUUUAGUUGUAGGCGUGACUGGGUACACGACUCAGACAAACGGAGUGUCCGACAGAGCGGCCAAGCGGAACAGUUCUGUGUGUAACGAGGCCUCUCAUCAAGGAGAUCCAGCAACAGAGAACCUGUUGAAAAACACGGACCGUGGCACCGCCAUUGGCACCAACAAUCCCAUAUUUGUGGACGACGAGAAUCUCACAGGAGACCAGAAAGAAUAAAUCCAAACAUAUUUUUGCUAUCAUUUUUAGAAAUGAGUUGGAAUCAGAGAUUUCAACCAUUGUGUUAUAAUCAGUGAAUUGUGAACAUAUUGUAAACAAAUAUUCAUGUAAUUUGCUGGCAAAUUUAUUUUGUAUGACAUUGUUUACAUGAAUGUGUAUGUCUGUAUCUGUAUGUUGCACUGUAUGUGUGUGAUAACAGUGGCUAUAAAUCCGCUUCAUUCUGAUGGAGAGUUGAAUACAUUCAUUAUGUCAAUUACAUUAUUAUUACAAUUACAAAGCACAUGUACAUAGUUUUCACAAUGAACACUGAACAACAGGGAUAUAUGAAUUUCCAAAUUCACACCGGAGGCGGACCAACUGCAAAAUGCUGUCUUAAUAGUUUUUGAUUUCUAAAUUCAG